CAGGGCAGACCAGAGCAGAGCAAAUUUCAGCAGAGCAGAUUUCAACAGAAUAUAGCAGAGCAGCUCUAAAGAACGAGGCCUUAGGGUAGUUCUGGAUAAAAUUUCCCCUCAUCUAUUAACGAUUGAAUUCAAAUACUCCCUCCAUGUUUUAAUAAGUGUUACACUUAUCAAAUCCGGCCGUAUUUUAAUAAGUGUUAUAUUUCCUUUCUUGGCAAAAAGCUACAUUAAAAUAUUAUAUAUCUUUCCUCUCAUGGUCCCCACUACUACUUUUUAUAUUAUAUCUUUUCUCUCACAUUCAUUUCUUUUCAAUAAAUUAUUAACCCCACUAUCUUUCUUUUACAAUUUUUAAUACCCCAAAUACCCCACUUAUCUCUUAUUUUAUUUAGGUCAAUUAAAUUGUCUAAAACAAUGUGUCGAUUAAAAUAUAACACUUAAAAAAUGGGAAUAAAUGUUUUGAGACUGGGCUUAAUCCAUAUUUUGACCCAACCCCGCCUUGCAUCAAAUUUUUAAAGCCCAACAUAGUUCAGGAAUUAAACAAGACAACAUCCUUUUCACUGUUAACUUUAUCUCAAACUCACAGCACUUACUAGAAAUGUUAAACCCUUCUUCAACUGCCUAAAACCCUACCCAAUUUUUUUAAAAAAAAAUAAAUAAAUAAAUUCAAUCAAUGGGUUCGCAAUCCAUUUGUUGUUCUUUUGGAUCCCCGACGAUUCCUCAUCCUCACUCUGUAAAAAAUGUUCGUUCGACCGUGAUUAAUGCAGGGCACCGGAAUAUCCAGUUUAAUAAUCUUGCUAAAUCAUAUGCAAUUUCUAAUUUGAAAUGGGGAGUUAAGGUAUCUCUGUUGCCAAAAGUAAAGGAAGUGUCUAAAAUAUAUGCAUUACACUCUGAUUCGAAUGACAUAUUGGAAGUUCCUUCAAAGAGUAAUGCUGAUAUUCCUGAGGUGCAUUCUGAUUUGCCUGCGAAAUCAAAACUUUCUUCUAAGUAUGCUAGUGUUGAACCGUUUGGAGGGAAAUCGGGUUCAGUUUCGUUUUAUGGGGUGACUCACCAUGCUAUUGAAGAGAGCAAGCUGUCUUCAUCUCCAUUUAAGGAUGAUGGUGGUUCUGUGAUUUGGAUUCUUGCACCACUUGUUCUGAUACUAUCUUUGAUACUCCCUCCAAUAAUAUUAUCUAAUGCAUUUGAUGGUGUUUUCAAGAAUGAGGCUCUUGCAGAGAUUGCUGGUAUCCUUUCUAGUGAAGCUGUGUUCUAUUCUGGUAUUGCAAUCUUCCUUCUAAUAACUGAUCGCAUCCAAAGGCCAUAUCUUCAAUUUAGUGCAAAACGAUGGAGCCUCAUAACUGGUCUGAAGGGACACCUAUCAACUUCUUUUUUUGCCAUGGGCCUGAAGGUAAUUGCUCCUAUAGCGGUAACUUACACCACAUGGCCAGUGAUUGGCAUGAAUGCUAUUGUUGCAGUGACUCCCUUGCUAGUUGGUUAUCUGGGUCAGUAUGCACUUGAGGCUUUUAUUGAUAAACGAGGAUCGGCCUGUUGGCCUUUAGUUCCGAUUAUCUUUGAGAUUUAUAGGUUCUAUCAACUAACUAGAGCUAUAACUUAUGUUGAGGGUUUGAGAUUUAUGAUGAGUGGGGUUGAGGCUACCCAAGAAGUGGUAGAGAGAAGCGGAGCUUUAGCAGCAGUGUCUGUAACCUUCUAUUUUGUUGCUCUGGUCUGUCUAUGGUCGUUAUUAACAUUUCUCUUGAGACUCUUUCCUUCAAGACCAGUCUCUGAAAAGUACUGAUCUUAUGCUGUAUAUGCGACCUUUUUUUUUCUUUUUUUUUUUUUUUCCCAUUCCAAAAUUCAUAAGCAAAAUUUAGGAACUUUCAGUUGAUGUACAUCACUGUCUAGGCAAUAUGUUGUAAAUGUCUUUGAAUUUACAGUAGAAAAUUGUGUGGCAUUGGGUCGUCA